AUGGAGGCAUUAUGUAGAGAUAGACGGACAAAAAUGAACAGAGCAAAUAGCAUGAGACAUUCGGCGUCAAGCAGCGCUAUACUGUUACACAGUGCAUCACGUAAUGGUAGAAUGUCCAGUCAAAAGAAUAGCACGCCUUCUUUACCCAGAAUUCCACAGAAUGGUAGGCCACCAAGUCCUCCGCAAAGUUCAAACCGACCAAAGUCUGGUUCAGGUCAACAGAUGAACGGUAGACAGCGUACAGUACAGUCAUCGACGAGAAGACCAAAUGAUUCUGCGUCCAAAUCUACGCCAUCUAUUAUGAAUGGAAUGGCCAAUGGGGAUGCCUCGAGCCUUGCCUUACAAGGUCUAACAGUCCAGGGCAGUAAUAAUGUAGAAAACAAAAUAGCUGAAAGUCCAUCAGAAAGAUUACCUAGAGGAAAGGAAAUGAUGAGUGAAAUAUUAGAAGGCAUUGAGAUGUACAAAAACGUUGAUAGAAUGAAAUCAUUGGCCCCACUUUCUAAACAAGAUGUUAACUGGAUCAUGUAUAAAACAUUUAAGCCCAGAAAGUGUUGGUCAGCUGGUAUAAACCUAAAGCCUCAUGGGAAGGGGGAAUUCCAAGUAAAUCAGAAUGAGGCUAAGGGAAAACCCUCUAUGCUGAAUAAGGAGGGGAAGCCAGGGCAGAUCAUUGAUAUACGUGCCAUGCUGAAUGAUGCAACUAAACUGAAUGUUGAAGAAGGCUCAAAUGAAUUUUCUAAUGUAACUAAUGAUAAAUUAUUGAAACCUCUAGGAGGCUAUGUAGGGUACAAUUCUGAAUGGAGGGAUUUAGCUCAAAACAUUAGUAGAGAUAUUUAUUCACAAAAUCCCAAUGUGAAAUGGAGUGAUAUUAUAGGGUUAGAUGAAGCCAAGAGAUUAGCAGAAGCAGUUGUAUACCAGUCAAUCAUUGUGUUGCAAAGGUAUACCAUUCAAUCAUUGUAUUGUAAAGGUAUACCAGUCAGUUAUUGUGUUGCAAAGGUAUACCAGUCAGUUAUUGUGUUGGCAAAGGUAUACCAGUCAGUCCUUAUAUCUUAUAACGAUAUACCAGUCAAUCAUUGUGUUGCAAAGUUUCAGUAUCCUCAAUUGUUUAAAGGCAUCUUAUGUCCGUGGAAAGGUUUACUGCUUUAUGGACCUCCAGGGACAGGGAAGACUUUACUGGCUAAAGCUAUAGCAACAGAAUGUAACACAACUUUCUUUAAUAUAUCAGCAUCUAGUAUAGUGAGUAAAUGGAGAGGUGAUUCAGAAAAACUAGUCAGGGUAUUAUUUGAGAUGGCGAGGUUUUAUGCUCCGUCCACAAUAUUCCUCGAUGAGCUUGAGGCCAUUAUGAGUCAAAGAGGGUCACAAGGGGGAGGGGAGCAUGAAGGUAGUAGGCGUAUGAAGACAGAACUUUUAGUACAGAUGGAUGGACUUGCUAAAACUGAUGAUCUGGUCUUCCUGUUAGCUGCAUCAAACAUUCCAUGGUAUAAAAACUUGAAUUUUAUAAAGUUUUUGAUACUAUCCAGGUCCAGCUAUUUUUUCUUAAGGCUGAUAGGCUCUGUAGACAAUGAUUUCCUGAUAUAA